AUGAUGAAGAAUAUCGCUGUCGACUUGGAGAUGUCAAUAGGCGCCUCGACACGAGAUUCUCUCAGAACAGAACGCGUGUUCGACAUGUGCGCUACACCCGGAGGCUUCAUUGAUCAAACCAUGGCCAUGUGUCCUAGUAUCAACCUAGUCAGAGCCAUGAGCCUCCCUGUAGAAGAAGACGGCCACGACAUCAGACUGAAGAACAGCGGCGUCGACGUUGAAUUUCGUGACAUCACGAUGCUAGUGGGUGAUAUUGGCAUUACCGAACAAGACAUCCCAGACAACUUCCCCGAUCGCGACAAGUUUAUACUGGGACGGGUCUUCGAGUCUGAUGAGAAGUAUGAUCUCGUCUUCUGCGACGGCCAAGUCCUACGCACUCACCAGCGCUCCGAAUGGCGCGAACGAGGCGAAGCAAAUCGCCUACAGAUGACAGAACUCGUUCUGGGCCUCGAGCACUUGAGCACCAAGGAACGAUGUGAGGAGGAUUAUAUCAAGAUGCAUCGGCUUGGUAAAAAAGAUACUCAAAGCAUGAUUGAAGAGUUUGGAGCCGAGUUCAUCAAGAUGGGAGCCGCGAUUUGGAAGACCCAGGCUUAUGGACUUGAGAACGCCCCUUUCAUCAAAGGUCAUUUUGUCCACUGUGGCAACAUCAGCUUCAGUGCCAGCAAGGCGAAUUUCGCCGAAUUUUUGAUUGACAACUUCUUCGGUGACUGCAUCAUCUUCUGGCCUGUCCAAAAGGACAACCAUGCCCAUAAUGGGUGGUGCCAUCUGCAGUUCGGGGAUCGCGCAAGAGCAACUUUUGUCCGGUCGUCACUCGACAAGCGCGUUCUCUGCGGGCGGGAACUAAAGACAGGCCCAGUCCAGAGAAUGAAUGGACGUUCCGCCGCAGCUACCGCUUCCGCUGCCGGCCCCGCUGCUUCAGCCUUGCCUGAACCAGCCGAUCGUCCGGAUGGCAAGGUUUCUAGUUCCCCUCAGAUGCCCUCCACACCUGUGCCUCCCCUGCCGCCAAAGCGAGUCGUUACCAAGGCUGACGACAGUCACAUUGAGUUGCCGGAACUGAAAGACUAUCCGGAGUCAUGGUGUCUAGAUCCGGAGGAUCCAAAAGCUUCCGUUCGCGCAUACAUAAAACAGAUUGCCCAUGUUGGCGAUGCGUCUGUUGAAGCCGGUUUCCCUUACCGCACCACUGCCAAGUUGGUUGACGGGGAAUUGAGAAUCCGUACGGCUCCGAUGCCUUCUCCCUCGCCAGCGAAUGAAGCCUUUUUAAGGCCCAUGAUUUACAUUGAGAGAAUGGAAGGUGAGAAAAAAACCUUCAAAAGGAUUCCAGUAGAGUCACUUGCGGAGUAUGAAGCCCACGAGCGUCCAUCCUUGGACACCCCCCAUCGCUUCGCUCGCGGCCUCGCUAUCUGGAAGAACAUGGGUGGUGGUGAUCUGGCACCCGGUCAAAUGAUAUACCACGAUCCCUCGGCUCGUUCAUUGCUGUCUGAGUCUACCGAGUUUGUACAACAGUCGGACGUUCCCCCUGGUGAGGCUUCUGCCACUCAUCAGGACCAUAUCGAGUCGUACACAACACCUGCUAUCCCCAGCCAGGGAUGGGGUGAUUACCUUCGUUUUCAAGCCUGGCAGAGUCAUGGUCGCCCUAUCAAGAAGGAUAUGGUAGUCCAAAAGGAGUAUGAAACAGAAACUCCCAAAACCGUUACUACUGUUACUAGUCGUGGCGUCGACCCCAUCACCGUGGAUACCUCUAGCACGGCCUUCAGUACGGGACAAAAUCCGAAGACUAUCUAUCAGCGAGUCAACCGCCCUCGGGGAACCUAUACCAACAGCAAGCAACCAGACGAAGCGGGCCAAACCCUUGAUGAAUGGUAA